GAAGAAUGUGAUUGUGGAUCUGAAGAGGAAUGUAUGAAAAAAGACCCUUGUUGUGAUCCUACUACAUGUUUAUUAAAAUCUUGGGCUCAGUGUAGAUCUGGACAAUGUUGUCAUAAUUGUACUGUAUUGCCAAGUACAGUAAAAUGUCGUGAUAAAAAAUCAGAUUGUGAUGUGCCAGAGUAUUGUGAUGGAAUUCAGGGAGAGUGUCCAAGUAAUAACUAUUUACAAGAUGGCCACCCUUGUAAUAAUGAUGCAGGAUAUUGUAUGGGUGGAAUUUGUCCUUCAACUCAACAACAAUGUCAACAAAUAUGGGGAGCAGAUUCUAAAGGAGGUGAAGAACAGUGUUUUGAAAGGUUUAAUCCUACUGGUAAUUUUAAUGGACAUUGUGGAAAAGAUAAAACAACUGGAACCUUUGCCAAAUGUUCUGCUGAGUAA